AUGGGGGAUGACAUGGGCUACUCUCUAUUGCUCUACCAGAUGCCAAAUUACUACAAGAACAUCCAACACAUUGAGGUGGACUCUAGCGGAAUGUUGUCUGCGGCGCCCUACCUGGUGAUGUGGUUAGUGGGGCUGGUAUGGGCAGCUAUUAUGGACAAACUGACAGCCAACAACACCCUCUCCAUCCUGAGCGUGAGGAGGCUCUCCCAGGCGGUGGCCAUGUAUAGCCCCGGUCUGGGCUUGGUGGGGAUGUGCUUCGUCAACUGUUCCUCAACACUGUCUGUAGUGGUGUUGUGUCUAGUGGUGGGUCUCAAUGGAACCAUCAUUAGUGGGCACUUUUGUUCCCAUCAAGACCUGGCGCCUAAUCUCGCCGGCACGCUGCUGGGCCUCACCAACACCGGGGCCUCUCUUAUGGGCGUUGUGGCUCCUAUCUUCGUCGGCGCCGUCACCCAGAACAAUACAGAGUAA